GGCUGGGUAUAGGAGGCUACAAAGUGAAAGAGGAAGGAAAGGCUUUGAAAGGAAAUCACUUGUGAGGAGAGGAAGUGAGCUGUUACAUAGGCUGUCGCGACUGGUUCCACCCAAAUUGUUUUCGCAUCUAAUCCAGGUGCAUCAAGCCGUGCAGAUCCCACCUGUUGCACAUCAUCUCCGCUUCAGGCACCGAACUUUUGCAGUUUAGAGAGACGGGUUGAGAGGAAGGAAGGGGCAACUGCGGUUCAAUGUUUGAGAGAGACGGUCGUCUUGGCAAGAAGGAGUUUUUGAUUGUACAGCCGUUGACUGUCACUCCCUGAAGAGGAAGGGGGGGGGUUAAACAUCUGAAGGAAAAAAAGGUGCUUUUAUUUUGUUGAGAUUGGAGCAGAGGGCAGGUCAACAUGCUUGAGGCUGCGAGAACGAGGAUCAUGGAGGUCUAUGACUCCCUGUUGGCUGGAGCAGACCCCAGAAUAAAGGGGUACCCUCUAAUGGAGAGUCCUGUGAACAUGUCGGCCAUUUUGCUUGCCUACCUCGCAUUCGUGCUGUACAUCGGGCCGCGCUUCAUGGCCAACCGGAAACCCUACCAGCUCAAGGAGGUCAUGAUUGUGUACAACUUCUCCCUGGUGGCCGUGUCUAUAUACAUAGUCUAUGAGUUCAUGAUGUCUGGCUGGGCAACCACAUACACCUGGAGGUGUGACCCGGUUGACUACUCCGACAGCCCUCAGGGACAGCGUAUGGUCCAGGUUGCCUGGUUGUUCCUUUUCUCCAAGUUCAUUGAGCUGAUGGACACGGUGUUCUUUGUGCUGCGCAAGAAACAUGGCCAGAUCACCUUCCUGCACAUCUUCCAUCACUCCAUCAUGCCCUGGAGCUGGUGGUGGGGUGUCAGCCAUGCCCCUGGUGGAAUGGGCUCCUUUCAUGCCAUGGUGAACUCCUUCGUUCACGUCAUCAUGUACUCUUACUACGGCCUGUCUGCUGCUGGACCACGCUUCCAGAAGUUUCUCUGGUGGAAGAAGUACAUGACUGCCAUUCAGCUGGUCCAGUUUGUGCUGGUGUCCAUUCACGCUACCCAGUAUUACUUCAUGAGGAGCUGUGGCUACCAGGCCCCACUCAUCUUACAUCUCAUCUGGGUGUACGGCACCUUCUUCUUCGUGCUGUUCUCCAACUUCUGGUACCAGGCCUACACCAAGGGCAAGAGGCUGCCCAAGAACAACCAGGAACUCAGCGGUAAAAACAAGGGGACCAGCUCCAACGGCACGGUCGCCAACGGAGCCACCAAGGUCGCCAACGGUAGCCACAAGCAUCUGGAGAAUGGCAGUGCCCACAAGAAUGGUAGUGCCCACCAUGAGAAUGGCUGCACCCACAGCAGCAAGAUGAAGAAGGCCUAGGGCCCACACAGGAAAGAACACCCCAAAACGCAUGAAAAUGAGAGCCUGUACAACCAGCCACGGAUUCCAAAGAAAUGUUUUGGUCGUGUCUCUUUUCUGGUAUUUUUGUUUUUCAUAUUCACAGAAAACAAGAAACAUGGGGAGAUGAGUGAGACCCCAGUAUUUUUUAUUUUUUUUUUCAUUUAAUUUUGUAUAUUUUUCGUUUUUAUCAAUAAUUUAAUUAUUUGAAUUCGGGAAGGUAAAUAUGUAGCACAACGAAUGAAGAGAAAUGAUGAGUUUAGGUGUUCACUGAAGUUGCAUCAUGGCCUGACUGUCAGCCAUCACAGGCCCUCCCUACUCUGCUCAGUCUCCCCUCCUGACAGUCCCUGCUAAAAGGCAAACUACACUGUACAGUCAGACAGACUUGAAGACAUCCUGUAAAUAGUUUUACUUUUUCAUGACUAAUGGAGAUUCAUAUGGUUAAGUCCUGCAGAAUUUUGUUAUAGUACCUAUGCUAAAUUAAGUGAUGAAUAAAGUUAAUUUUAAAAUAA